CGGAAGUCCGAGGCUCUAAUCGAAUAAUAAUUGUAAUUGAAAAUGUUGAGCAACUGACAAUUCAAGGACUGCUCUCGAUUCUCAUCUUUUAAACUGCGUUCAACCCAGAGAUUUCGUCGCAGCUCAAUACUCUGUUUUUCAGCAGCUAUGCAGCAGAAAGUAACGAUACCGAAUAAGCAUGGUAAAAAACUUGUUGGCUUAUUGCAUGACACGGGAUCACCACAACUAGUUGUUCUCUGCCAUGGUUUUAGGUCCACAAAGGAAUACAAAAUAAUGGUCAAUCUUGCUGGUGCUUUAGAAAAAGAAGGAAUCAGUGCUUUUCGCUUUGAUUUCUCUGGAAAUGGGGAGAGUGAAGGUUCAUUUCAGUUCGGUAACUACUUUGAUGAGGUUGAUGACUUGAGAUCUGUGGUUGAUUACUUUGCUGGGUCAAACCGCUCAACCAUUGCAGUGCUUGGUCACAGUAAAGGAGGGGAUGUUGUCCUUCUGUAUGCAUCAAAAUAUCAUGAUGUACCUGCUGUGGUAAACCUUUCUGGUCGUUAUGAUCUCAAAAGAGGAAUUGAGGAACGGUUUGGUAAUGAUUUCAUGGAAAGACUCAAGAAGGACGGAUACAUAGAUGUUAAAACCACAAAAGGAGAAGUUGAAUACCGAGUCACUGAAGAAAGCAUGAAGGAGCGACUUAAUACAAACAUGCAUGAAGCAUGCCCUUUAAUUGAUCCGAGCUGCAGGUUGCUGACAGUCCAUGGAUCAGCUGAUGAGAUUAUCCCACUGGAAGAUGCGAAAGAGUUCGCCAAGAUCUUGCCCAACCACGAGCUAAAAAUCAUAGAAGGAGCCAAUCAUGGAUACUCUUCACAUCAAGAUGAAUUGGUCUCAGUUGUUUUGCCUUUCCUAAAGGAAAUGUGUGCAAAGCGAUGAAUACAUGCCUCCCAGUUAAGUUGGUCGAUUUCCUCAACUUGAAUAUCUGUUAGACCGUUACCGAUUAUUAUGCGAAUCAACUCAUCAUUUGUGCUUAAAACAUUGGCUUAUCAUUUGGAAGGUGUUUUAUGAUAGCUAAUAAGUACUACUACACCACUAUUAGGUGAGUAAUGACUUCCAAAAAUUCAAGUACAACUUGGAAUUUGUAAUUUAAAAAAUGGAUGAGAUUGAGACGUGCGUUGUGGUUAUCUUUUGAAGAUAGCAGAAUUCAUGGUUAGCAGAGAAA